AUGCAUCGUCUUUUUGCUGAGCUGGAGCCAUCUUUAACCGUCUCAGAGCAAAACCUGGCAGACCGGGUUCGGUAUAUCUUGCGCUCAAAUAUAUUUGAUGUCGCUGAACUCGAACGACUACGACGUGAGGCUGUUCCCUCAUCGGAUGAAAAUGCUACGGCUGAGGAUGCGGCGCCACAAAUUGCAGAGCAACCCGCAAACGUGAAUGCCGCAGUGAAUACCCCAGUUGUGGUUGAUUCAAACGAUGAUGGAACAGUCGCCCAGGAACUGGAAUUAGAGCAUAUGAGGAGUACAUUGGAAGAGGCGAUUGUGGAAACGCGCAGUACGCCUCUCGAAAAUCGACCGCGACUUCCCCGCAUAGCCCUAAGUAAGCGGAAUCGGGCUGUCGUGAGGGCUCUAAACCCAAUGCUGGUGACCUAUUUGGAAGCCAGCCGGGACCUUUGCGAGACGGACUCAAUUCUUUUUGGCGCCGCAUUGGCAGUGUGCCGUAUUAUAUGCGCCAAACUUUCCACGGCUGGACGCGCUACUGGACAAAGUAGCGCUAUCCCAGCCUGGAGAAUAAGAAUUGAAGAACGUAUCGCAAAGGCUAGGGUCCUCAUCGGCAGACUGAUAUGCUUCAGGUUAGGCAACAACAGGCCAAGGAUUGUGCGCACCGUCAGGAUGGCAUUUGCUGGGACAAAUGUUAGUUUGUCCCAGCCGGAUAUAAUGCAAAAACUGACGGAGCGCAUAGACGACCUGAAGCAGAGAAUCGCUGCUUGA